UCUAGCAGGUAGGUACUAGGUAGUAGGUAGGCAUAUAMUAAUUAAAGGUUUUGAAUUGUCUUAAAUUCAUAAUAAUUAAUAAUACCAUCCAAUCGUAUUAAUUAGUCAAUGAUCAUUACUCAUUAGUCAUAAUUUCUUCAUUUAACCAUAGCGUCUACUUUUAAUUCUUAUAUGAUUGUGACUAUUCAUCGUUUGCAUUCCGUCUGAUAUAGAACACAUAAUGUUUGCAUUAAUAACUUCCGGCGUGUUAGCUUUGUCAUUCGUUUUAGCUGCAGUUUUAAAAUAUAAAUUUAUAGCCAAGAAAAAAUCUCUACUUGGUCGUCAUGUUCUAGUUACUGGAGGUUCAAGUGGUAUUGGUAAAUGCAUCGCAUUAGAGGCUGCCAAAAUAGGAGCAAAUGUAACUAUUGUUGCAAGAAAUGAAAGUAGACUUCUUUCAGCAUUGGAAGAGAUUAAAGGACAAUGUUUAAAUAAUGAUCAAAAAUUCAAAUAUUUGUCUGUUGAUUUAGCGGGUGAUUACAGCAUGGUGAAAACAACUUUAAACAUUGCUAUUAAUGAGAUGGGACCAUUGUAUUUGUUUAUAAAUUGUGCUGGUAUGGCUAUUUGCGGGACAUUAGAAGAAGUUUCCACCAACGACAUUAUGAAAAUGAUCAAUACUAAUUUAAUUUCUACAAUCCAAGCUACUAAAGCAAUAGUUGAUGAAAUGAAACAAAAUGGUUUUGGAAGUAUUGUUAUAACUUCAUCACUGGCAUCAUUCUGUGGUAUUUAUGGCUUAAGUGUAUACUCUGCCACAAAAUUUGCAUUAAGAGGGUUUGCUGAAGCUUUAAGCAUGGAAACAAAGAGCUUUGGAGUAAAAGUGACAUUGGCCUUGCCUCCAGAUACAGAUACUCCGGGAUACGCUAAUGAGUCAAAAGACAAACCGAUAGAAACAUUAUUGAUUUCUGCAACAGCUAAAUUGUUUACACCAGAAGAAGUAGGAAGAAAAAUUCUUCAAGACACAUUAAAUGGAUGUUUCUUUAGCACUGUAGGUCUUGAAGGUCACAUGAUGACUAUUUCUUGUGCUGGAAUGGCUCCAUACACUUCUUAUUUAGAAUUAAUAUGCCAGGUUUUUUGUGGUGGCAUUUUAAGGUUGAUAACUGUUUACUAUCAAUAUUUAUUUGAUAAAAUUAUUGAAAAAUGUAAAUUAGAAAGAGAACACAAAAAAAUAUAAUAAAACAUAAUAUAUAUAUAGAUGUUUGAACAAAAUUAAACAUCUUUAUCUUCUAACUAUGCUUAAAUUAAGGUAUUGUUAAUAAAUAUUUCUCAUCAAUAAAUUUUUGAACAAAAG